GAGGACGGGAGAGAGGGGACAGACUGAGAGAGCAGCAGUCAGCCUCCGUCGGAUACACUGUUGGCUCUUAUUAAAGCUCCAUCCUCGGCACACAGCGCCCGUCUCUCCAGUCAGUAAACCUGAAGGACUAUGACUGGUAGAUUCAUCUCCCAAUUCAAGGUAAUCCAGCUGGAAAGAUAGAACAUUUGUGACCUGUAGAUCCUACACUUCUUUCAGGAAAAUGAGGCCUAUCUUACUAGGUGUCAUAUGGCUAUGUCUUGGCCUGUUCCUGGAUGCAUUGUCUUUGAGUGGACGGAUGACAGAGACAGUAGAUGGAGAGGGAACUCAAGCAGCAAUCAGAGGAGAGAAGCUACUCAAAAGAGUGAGACGAGGCUGGAUGUGGAACCAGUUUUUCCUGCAGGAAGAGUAUACAGGCAGUGACUAUCAGUACAUUGGCAAGCUACAGUCAGACCAGGACCACGGCAAUGGCUUAGUCAAAUACGUUCUGUCUGGCGAGGGGGCCGGCACCAUCUUUGUCAUCGACGAGAAUAACGGCGAUCUGCAUGCCACCCGCCGUUUGGAUCGUGAGGAAAAGGCUUUUUAUAUCCUCAGAGCCACGGUGGUCAACAAACGGACAGGUCAAAAGCUGGAGCCAGAGACUGAGUUCACCGUCAAACUCCAUGACAUCAACGAUAAUGAGCCUCAGUUCAGCAAAGAAGUUUACACUGGCAGCGUACCUGAGAGGUCUCUUAUUGGUACAUCAGUCAUCCAGGUGACAGCUACAGAUGCUGAUGACAGUAUGUAUGGGAACAGUGCCAAACUGGUCUACAGCAUCAGCCAGGGAACCCCAUAUUUCUCUGUGGACCCAAACACAGGUAUGAUCCAGACAGCCUUGGGUCCUGGUGACAUGGACCGUGAGCAGAGGGAGCACUACCAGGUGGUGAUUGAAGCCAAAGACAUGGCCGGACAGAGAGGGGGGCUCACAGGGACCACGGUGGUUAACAUCACUCUCACUGAUGUCAACGACAACCCUCCCCGGUUCACUCAGAGUAUUUACCAAUUCAGAGUUCCUGAGUCAUCCAAGUCUGGCACUCCAGUUGGGAGAAUUCGAGCCACUGACAGAGACAUCGGGAAGAACGCUGAGAUGUAUUUCACUAUCGUCAGUGGAGAUGGCAUGGACAUGUUUGAGAUCUCCACUGACAAAGAUACCCAGGAUGGAGUCAUCACCGUCAGCAAGCCUUUGGAUUAUGAGAAGAAGCAUUCAUACACAGUAGAGAUCCAGGUUCAGAACACUCAGGUGGACACUCGCUUCAUGUCAGCAGGCUCCAAAGACAUGGCCACAGUUCGGAUUGGCGUGGAGGACGUGGACGAGCCACCACUGUUUGACAAGGCUAGCUAUCUAAUGGAGGUGAAGGAAGACGCUGAGGUGGGCGUGGCGGUGGGCGCAGUCAGUGCCAUGGAUCCCGAUGGCACUCGCAGCAUGGUCAAGUACUCUGUCGACCGUCGCACUGACAUGGACCGCCUGUUCAACAUCCAUCCAGGGAAUGGGUCUGUGUUCCUGCUUAAAACCCUGGACAGAGAGGAGAGUGCCUGGCAUAAUAUUUCAGUCAUUGCCACUGAGUUCAAUAAUCCCCGUCAGAGCAGCCAUGUUUCCGUCUACAUCCGCCUGCUGGACAUCAACGACAACGCUCCCACAUUUGCCACAGUUUAUGAAACCUUUGUCUGUGAGAGAACAAAGGCUGGUCAGCGGAUCCAGACAGUAAGUGCUGUAGAUGCUGACGAGCCAGCCGCUGGACACAAGUUUUUCUUCAGCCUGGCUCCUGAGGGGACGCACCGCAGCAACUUCACUGUCCGAGACAAUGGAGAUAACACUGCCGGCAUCCUGACACGUCGAGCCAGCUAUAGCCGCCUUCACCAGAGUGUCUACCUCGUUCCCGUGGUGAUCACUGACGGUGACUACCCCAUGCUGAGCAGCACCGGGACCCUCACUGUUGGGGUGUGCACCUGCGACCGCGAAGGCAACAUAGAGCUGUGUAAUGCUGAGGCUCUGAGCAGCUCUCCUGGCCUCAGCACUGGCGCACUCAUCGCCAUCCUCCUGUGUGCCAUCAUACUGCUGAUGAUCGUGGUUCUAUUCACGGCAUUAAAACGCCAAAGAAAGCAGGAACCUCUCAUCAUCUCCAAGGAGGAUGUCCGAGACAACGUGGUGAGCUACAAUGAUGAAGGCGGUGGUGAGGAAGACACCCAGGCUUUUGACAUUGGCGCACUGCGACACCCAGAUGCUGCCGCCGCCCUGGAAGAGUAUGCCAAACAGAGGCGUGACAUUAUCCCCACUGACACCCUGCUGUACCCACCACACCGCCGACCUGCCCGCAAUGCCACUGGCCUCAUCGUGCCACCGGUCAGCUUGGCAUCACGGGAUAACGGGGACGUACGUGAAUUUAUCAACCAGAGAGUUCUGGAGAAUGACUGUAACCCGACAGCACCGCCAUAUGACUCACUGGCCACCUACGCCUACGAGGGCACAGGCUCAGUGGCAGAGUCACUGAGCUCACUAGGCUCAGCUUCAUCUGAGACUGAGCAGGACUACCACUACCUGAGUGACUGGGGGCCCAGGUUUAGGAAACUAGCUGACCUGUAUGGGGCUGAGGACAGUGACUUCUCCUAACAAAAGAGACCACAAACACACACGUCAGGUUCAGUAAUAUUUUGACUAAUGCAGGGCUGAGACAGCUACGUCGAACUACAAACUCAAUAUGAGAUUGUAAACGUUGCUGAUGAGCUUUAAGAAAACAAGAGAACUUUAUAAAUACAAAAAUACACUCCACAUGAAGAACUAAUAGAUGUGCUGGCAGAUGUUAAUUUCAUUUAAUGGGAUGUUCAAGAACACCACCUGAUAUUUGACCUGCCUUCACUGUAAAUGGAUCCAAAAAUGGAGUUUACAAAGUCUUUUUUUUCGAAAUGGGACAAAAGUCCUAAAUAUGUUUUUGAGAUCAGUAAAAUCAACCAGCUCAACGGUGGAGCCAAAGAUCUUCAGUUUCACCAGUGUGAACCUCUUCAAAGACUCUUUUCAGGACUGAAUAGAGUUGAAAAUCAAAAUUGGACUAUUUUGUAUUGGACAGGUUUUGCUUUAAUCUCUCCUGGGUUACCAAAUAACCAUUUUGCAGAGUGUUUCUUGUGGCUUUAAAUGUGUCAUUCACGGGAGACUGAAUGGAGUGUUUGAAAGCAGGUCAGUCGACAAAACCCCAGUACAGUUAUUUCAGGACUGGACCAGACACGUUUACCGCUGCAGAUAUGAAGUGAAGAGUGUGGGGAAGACACUUUUUUUUUCUUUUCUUUUUUUUGACUAAGUGCCCUUCUGCUGCCCUUCAAGCUGAACUGUGGAUGCCUGUAGGCUGGCUGAGACUGGAGGGGGCUAAAUACUCUUACAUGAUUGCUUUUUGUUGUUUUUGCUGUCUGUACAAAAUGACCAUUCCAGAGGAUCUGUUCUGAAGGAUCCUUGCUUGAAAAUCGCCUUCUUCGGGACACAAAGUAAAAGACAAAUCAUAUGACUAAAUGCACUGAUUUCUUU